AGGGUUAAACCUUAACUGGGAGUGUGUAUCGAUGUUGCAUUUUUCUGUAGCCCAUCCGUCGGGGAAAGUUCCUGCUUGAGAACUUUAACAUGCUUUAUGAUUAUAUUGUAGAUACGUGAUUUGUAUGCAGGGACAGCACAGAAUAUUUUAUUUUAAUUUAUCGACCGGGUAUUGUCCAACUUUCAAGGGAAUCACCGUUUGGAAUGCAGUAACGCAAUCGUUGAGUGAGUCAACAAUGUAAAGACCCACAUGAGCACUUAAUCUCAAACCAAGCAAACUGAGAAGCAAGGUACACUCAAACAUUUCAAGACGGAGCAACGCAGCUCGAACGAUAAACCGGCCUGACUUGGAGAGAGGCCAGAAUGCGCUCCACCGACAACCCACCACCCACCACCGCCGCCAGCAGACCCGUGAACUCCAGCCACAUCAACACCAACGGGAACUCCGGCUCCCAGUAUGCACUGUGUGCCCUGGGGGUGGGGCUUCUGGCCCUGGGCGUGGUGAUGAUCGUGUGGAGUGUGGUGCCGCCCGACCCGGCCUUGAACGGCAGCAGCGGCGCCAAGCCGGACAACCGCAGCAAAGCGUCAACGGUGGCGUUCGUGCUGGUGGGGUCUGGGGUGGCCAUGUUGCUGCUGUCUCUGUGCCUGGGGAUGAGGAACAGGAAGAGGGAGCUGCAGGCGCUGCAGGCGGCACAGGACGGGGCCGGGGCUGGAGGAGAGGCCGCUGGCGAGGACGGAGAGACUGCCGAGGAGAGAGCCCAGAGGUACAACGUUCCCAGUUAUGAGGAGGCUGUGGGCAGUGGCCAGUACCCAGUCCGCCAGAGCAACCUCCGUCACAGCACCUCCCAGCUGCCCGCCUACGACGACUUGGACCAGGUAGACGCCGUCCAGUUUGAGACCGAGGUGACGGAGGGACCCCCCGCCAACCCAGCCGCCUCUGGUCCAGCAGCCGCCGCCCCGGCCAAUCGGAAACCUGGAAAGAACAGCCGCAGGCUCCUCCCCCUCAAGAUCCGCCGGAUUAAAUCGGAGAAGCUGCAUAUGAAGGUGACGGAUGUUUCGUCGGAAGGGGGCAGUAUCGAGCCUCUCACGCCCCCGCCUCAGUAUGAGGAUAAAGUUCCACCGCUCUGAGAGACGAGCAUCCUCCUAUGGCUGGAGUUUGGAAAUGCUACUGCUGGAAUCCUCUGUGGAUGUCUUCGUUGUUGAGGGUCUAUGUGUGUCUAUGCCAUGUAUGCCUAUUCUAAGUGUGGGCUUGGUCCAAGCUUCUGCUUUAACACUUGGCGCAAGCAAUUCGUCUGAAGGCUCUUUUUUAAAACCAUGUUUGUACAAUAUUGGAAACAAAUGUACACUUCAUAUGUUCAGUGCACUGGUUUUUUGGUGUCGGGAUUUGACUGGAUUUCGCUGUCAUCAUUUAUGUUGAUGGACAGGAAUUGCAUAGACUUAUGAACCUCACAGAUUUUGGAGACUGCUCUGUAUGCCUGAACCAAAAUGCCACAGCUGCCUUUCUAGAUUACAAUACCUACCCUGUCCAUGUGUGUUCGUGUCUAUUGGGGCCAAUAGAGACGCUACAAAACGAAUACUCCCCGUAGGGAAUCAAGUCAAAUCAACCAGAAUAUGCAGUUAUCUUUUUUGAAAUGGGUGCCUUGUAAAAUCCAUUUGUGUUCGUUGGUGUCUGAAUCAGUCUGGCUCAUUCAGCAUUUGUGGCCUUUAGUGGAAAAAAAGUUGAGCUAAGGGAGAGGCGGCUUGUGAAUAUUUGGAAGGUUUGGUGCUGUAGUCAUGGUGAGCGUUCUAUGGGUCUUAGCCGUAGCAGCUCAUCUCGCUGGCUGGUCUGACUCCAUAAAGGGGGAGAGGGAGCACAAGAAAGGCUCUUUCACGCAGCAGCUGGGCCCAGAGAAUGGCGGCCAUUGCUCCAUCACUCAGCAUUCCCUCACUAAUGCAUGACUGGCAGCACUGUUUCAUGAAGAUCGCACAGAGAAUGCACUCAGAAAAUGGAGGGAGGGAUGGAUGGAAGGUGAAGGAGGGAGGGAGGAUUAGGGACUGUCCAAAAACCAACCUUCAGCCUUCAGACGAGAAAGUGAGGAAGGAAGAAAUAACCCUUCUAAAUGUAUGAUUUUGGUUCCACAGAUGAAUUAUUUUUUCGAGCUGGCCUCAUGUAUGGAACUUGUUGUAGAGGUCAGGAGAGUUGAGUGGCAGGUGUUCCAUUUACAUUUACAUUUAGGUGAAGUGCCUUGCCCAAGGACACAAUCAUUUGGCUCAGCCGGGAAUCAAACUGGCGACGUUCAGAUUACCAGCCCGAUUCCCUCACCAUUCAGCCACCUGACUCCCCCUGACUCAGGUGUUCCACAGCAUGUAGACAAGAGGAACCAUUCCAUCAGUGCCUUUUCUCUGUUGAUUUAAAGGUCAAAUGUACCUUUUCAACCUUGAACAACCAGGUGGUGCAGUAUUCAAAAUUACUUCUCAACAAUACAAUCCUAGACUUUUACUGAAAUGUUUCAAAGGAACCUAUUCACUACCUUUUAACACUAGAGCACAGAAGCUUAUUUAACAAGUUAGAUAUUUUCACAUGCAGUCACGUAAGGAGGAGUUGUGCUAGAUGACACCCUAGAAUCACGUUGGUUUAAACAUUUGAAGAGAAAAAAAACUGCUUAUUUUCUACACUUUGAGGCUCAAAUGACUGUAUGUUAUUUUCAGUGUUGUCUGUUUUACUUAUCAUGAUACAAAAUGAAUGUGUACCUCAUUUUGUAAGAGACCAGUUUUCACUGUGAAGAACGGCUGAAUUUACUGCCAUGGACUUAGGGAAAUGCACUACAGGAAUGUGUGUUCGUUCUUCUGUAAACCAACCAUGUUUGUGUACAGUUUUAUUUGGUUCAGUGAUCUCUGAGUACUUAUGUUGUGUUAUGCAAAGUGGCAGUUGUGGUUAAGAUUUACUUUUGUAAGACUUAAGAUAUACUUUUUUAAUGUAUUUUAAAAUAAGAGUCAGAGAAGAUCUUAUGUAUUAUGUAAGUUAAUUUCCAAUGUGGUGUUUUUCUAACACUUAAAUGUCCUGUCAGAUUAAUAAAACAAAAUAUUUGUA